AAAUGCGUAUACACAACUUACAAAAUGAAUAUCAAAAUUAAAAACUCAUUGUAUGUGUUCAUUCAUUUUGGACGUUAUACUCAUUUGAGUUUAAUAUAAAACUCAUUUGAGAUCAAUGUGCAUGGAUAUGACAUUUUAAAAUGAAUAUCGCAUCCAUAUCAAAUGAGUAUAUAUAAAUUACGAAAUGAGCAUUGAAAAAAAUCAAAAGACUCAUUUAAAAUGUCUGCUAUGCUCAAUUUUUUUAGUGUAUGCUCAUAACUGUAAAACUACGUACAACUUCGAUUUCUCCUAACCUACAGCCAACAAGUGACCAAACUCACCAAACCUGUAUAAGAAAAAGAGAAAAAAGAAAAUAGUGCAAAAAAGAGAAAGAGUCCAACUACCCCUAUGCAUCUGCCAGAGCCGCCGUCUAUGCAAGCAUGAGUCCACAAUCUGAGAUGUUGCAUUCAGUCGCAGAUUGCGUUCAGGGGCGAGCAAAGAGCAUCCGGCCUGCGAAGGAUAGAAGUGCAAAUGGCGAUCUGUGAUGGAAACUAGCGAUCAAUCUGCGAACUAAAAGACCGAAUGUACCGUGCGCGCGGUAAAACCGACCAUACGAUAUAUUUUAUAUAAAUUGUCACCCUCAUUAUACAUGUAAAUGUGUAUCAUCACCCACAUUAUACAUACAUGUCACCCUCAAAAUAUCACAUUUACCGCAACUUGACCGUUGAGGGGUACCAUUUCAAGAGCGAUUUUCCAAGAGGUAAUUACUCCAUUAUUUUAGCAUCAUGGAACUUUAAACAUGACAUAUUUUCCAUGCCAUAAUGAAAAAAUAAUAAAUAACCACGCCAUCACACUUGAAAGAUUUGAUAUCACGAUCCGCUCCCAUGCAUCGGGCCAGCUCACAUGGGGACUACAAUGCGUUCCAGUAGCUUCCUCUCGCCAAGAGCCAUUAAAUGAGAAGAACUGCCAUUCACUUCAGAGAUAUAUUACAUUUAUCUUCAUACUAUACUCGACAAGCUUUAAUUUGGGAAUUGGGAGCUACGAUGAUUCCUUUUCAGUUGCUCGACUCUCAUCCAAAGAUAGGUGUGGAGGAAGUUAGUACAUCCUUUCCUGCCAGUAAUCCUAGGCUAAUCCAUUUCGAUGGCCUAUUCUCAUUGACCAGAGGUGGUGUUGUGAGUAUAGAGGAGGAGGACCAUUCAGCUGAUUCGUCUAGAGGAAGGAAGCAUUACCGUCCAGGUGAAAGUGGGCUAGAAGAAGAGGAAAGGAGCAGCAAGCAGAGUGCAACUCAUAAGGAGGAGGAUGACUUAUCAGAAGUGUUUGAUAAGGUUUUGCUGUGCACCGAUGAUAAUGAUGAUUCUCCAUCUGGAGCAGCGAAACAACAACCGAAAGGGCGAAGUGGUCACAAGAGCCGUUCAAAUAAACGAGGAGACGGUUGUGAAAUUGUAGAUCUCCAGUCUCUUUUGAUCAUUUGCGCACAAUCUAUUGCUGAUGCUCAUUACAAGGAUGCACAAGAACAAUUAAAGUUGAUCAGGCAGUACUCUUCGCCUACUGGUAGCGCAAACCAAAGGCUGGCACAUGCAUUUGCUGAGGGUCUUGAGGCACGGCUAACUGGAACCUGGCCACAACUCUAUCCUUCGUCGUCAUUUCGCAAUAAGAUCUCAAUUUCCGAAUUACAAAAAUCCUACCUGUCAUCAUCUAUGCCAUUUAUGAGGAUAGUAAUCUUCUUUGCGAAUAAAAUGAUUUAUGAAGUGGCAUCAAGAGGUGCAUCGCUCCACAUUAUAGAUUUUGGCAUUCUUCUUGGUAUCCAGUGGCCCACUCUUAUUCGAGAUCUUUCACAAAGACCCGGUGGCCCCCCAAAACUUCGAAUAACAGGGAUUGAGCUUCCCCAACCUGGUUUCCGC